UGAGCUGUGAGACGGCUACCUGCCCAUUUCUGCAUGGCUGAGCAAAUUCCCCCGUAAAUCCAAGUUUCUCUUCAUUUCCAUCACUAUACGUCUCCAAAUUACAGAGAAUUCAUUCCUGAGCUGGAGAGGUGCCAGAAGUUUCUCAUCUAGCUGUCUGUGGGCUGCCUUUUUCUUUCCCCUCUUUGAGGCUUUCUGAUGCCUAGAGUGAGCUCAACUCAAAGGUUUCCAGCCUCACACUCGCCUCACAUUCCCCCACAGUCACACCGAGCUCUGGGAUUUGGAGGAAUAACCGCGUGCCAGCAUCCGAUUCACAGGCUCCUUUUACCUGCAGGUGUUCCAGAAACUUCAAAAUGCGUCUGGAAGAAUUGAAAAGAUUGCAGAACCCCUUGAAACAAGUUAAUGAUGGAAAGUAUUUACUUGAAAAUCACCAACUGGCCAUGGAUGUGGAGAAUAACAUUCAAAAGUGUCACCUCAAUCUACAGCCCUUGGACUCAAAGGUGAAAAUCAUUCAGCGAGCAUGGCGUGAAUACCUGCAGCGGCAGGAGCCCCCGGAGAAGCGGAGCCCCUCCCCGCCCUCCGUGUCCUCGGACAAGCUGAGCAGCUCUGUCAGCAUGAACACCUUCUCCGAUAGCAGCACACCCUCCCAUGAAAAGAAAAUGACUUUGCUCUACCUUGACUGACCUGCCAGACCCACUGGGUUCAUAUAUACCCUAUCAGGGGAGCAGAUAGGAAGACUUGGUUUUACCACCCUCUGA